GCUCCCAGGUUGCAAAAACUACAUAGCGAUGGUAGCAGGAUAGCGCUAAACAAUGUUCCGUCGUGCCGGUGAUAUUAUAUGGCAAUUUAAGAACCGGCGUUUUCAAACCAGAAAUUUGUGCCAAAAACGCGAGUCUGGAGCCCAGAGCAGCCUUGCAGAAUCUGGUCACCCACGGUCACCGUAGAGCCACUGUUUCAUUUACCACACGAGACGAUAGUAUUCGGGAAUGUCCACGCCCAACUCGGAAAAGAAAAGCCGGUGGAAUUUUGGUAGAUCUGUGUCCAAGAAAAACGCGCAGGACAGGAGACAGUCAGCCCUGGAGAUGACUGAGAACGCAGCUAACAAGCAAUAUGAACCCAUACACCCACUCAGUACCAGUCAACAGCCUCCGACCCUGGAACGGCAAGCCGGUCCAAGCAGGAGCCUGGACGAGGAAGUGUUUGUGGAUACAGGGGUUUCAAACCCCGACCCACCAGUUCCCAGAGUAAACCUGGAUCCCAGGGUAUCAAUCUACAGUGGCAGGCGACCCAUGUUCACCCGGGCCAACAUCCAAGGACGGGUUUACAACUUUCUGGAGAGACCCAGCGGUUGGAAAUGUUUCUUUUACCAUUUCACUGUAUUUCUCAUAGUGCUCGUUUGCCUCAUCUUCAGUGUCUUGUCGACCAUAGAGCAGUACACAGCUUUUGCACAUGGCACUCUGUUCUGGAUGGAAAUUGUGUUGGUGGUGUUCUUUGGGGCUGAGUACGUGGUGAGAUUGUGGUCUGCAGGGUGCCGCAGCAAGUAUGUUGGUAUCUGUGGCAGGCUUCGCUUUGCAAGUAAACCUAUUUCAAUUAUUGAUUUGAUAGUUGUUAUAGCUUCAGUAAUCGUGCUGUGUGUCGGCUCAAAUGGACGAGUCUUUGCAACCUCUGCCAUCAGGGGUAUCCGCUUUCUUCAGAUUCUCCGGAUGCUGCACGUCGACCGACAGGGAGGCACCUGGAGGCUCCUGGGGUCUGUCGUUUUUAUUCAUCGGCAGGAGCUGAUAACAACCCUGUACAUUGGCUUUCUGGGGUUAAUAUUUUGUUCCUAUUUCGUGUACCUGGCUGAGAAAGAUGCUGUUGAUGCUAAUGGGGUCACAGAGUUUGCCAGCUACGCUGAUGCCUUGUGGUGGGGAGUGGUGACUGUAACUACGAUUGGCUAUGGUGACAAGGUGCCUCAGACGUGGAUAGGCAAGACCAUCGCCUCCUGCUUUUCAGUGUUUGCUAUUUCAUUCUUUGCGCUGCCAGCAGGAAUUCUUGGCUCUGGUUUUGCCUUGAAAGUCCAGCAAAAGCAGCGACAGAAGCACUUUAAUAGACAGAUUCCUGCAGCAGCGUCACUCAUACAGACGGCCUGGAGAUGUUAUGCAUGUGAAAACCCUGACUCGUCAACUUUCAAAAUGUACAUCAGAAAAUCCGUCAGAAUAUGCGCUUCACCAUCCAGCCCCAAAGUAAAGAAAACGGUUAAAAUCAGGAAGAAGAUCAAGACUGAGAAGGACAAUGGAACAAACUCACCUGUGGUUCCUCACAUCACGUAUGACCACAUCGGGGAACCACAAAGCUCUGAUGGAUUCAGUAACUCAGCAGGCGAGACAGUAUCCUUAAAAAUGAUUGGCCGCCCAUCGUCCUGGACCUCGUUUCAGUUCUACUCCCCCUCUCCAGUGAAAAAAUCAUCUGGGUUUCUUGAAGUCCACCAACCAGGAGCUAUCCACAGAACAUACAGCUUCGGGGAAGACCUUGAACUGGAGGGAGAAAGUGCCCUGAGCCCCGUCACACACGUCUCGCAACUACAAGACCAGCACCGAGCUGCCAUUCGCGUGAUUCGCAGGAUGCAAUACUUUGUGGCCAAAAAGAAGUUUCAGCAAGCCCGGAAGCCGUACGAUGUGCGGGAUGUAAUUGAGCAGUACUCUCAGGGCCACCUCAACCUCAUGGUGCGAAUCAAGGAGCUGCAGCGAAGACUGGACCAGUCCUUAGGAAAGCCCUCCCUGUUUCAAUCUGCCUCAGAAAAAAGUAAAGACAGAGGAACGAACACAAUUGGAUCACGUUUAAACCGGGUGGAAGAUAAGAUCAUGCAUAUGGACCAGAAGCUGAACCACAUUGCCGAUGUGCUUAACUGCCUGGCCACUGGUCUUCAGAGUCAGCCUACCCGACCAGCAGUGCGAAGCGGAGCCAUGCAGUCCGAAUUCCUCUCCAACAGCAACACCUUGCCUACCUACGAACAGCUGUCCAACCCCAGGAAGAACCAGGACCACAGCUCCUAAGUGCCUCCCCCUGCAUGCUCGACUGGGAAUACUGUUUGAAGAUCAAGCCUUCAGAGUUAAACUAAGACUUGAAGACCAUUAGGCUAUAAAUACAUUUUAUCAUAAAAACUUGAAUAGAAGGUCAUAUUCUCACAAGGUGGAAAUUGAAGCAUUAUACAAAUCUAAAAGCAGGCUCUCUCAAGUGAGAUGUACUGUGUUUUAGAAAUAAAAAAAAUUGACGGACAGAUAAUAAUAAUAAUGACUUGCCGUAUAUAUACAGCUCUGGAA